AGCCUCCCUGUGGAUAUGAGGGUUCCUUUUUCUGAACUGAAAGACAUCAAAGCUUACCUGGAGUCUCAUGGCCUUGCUUACAGCAUCAUGAUAAAGGACAUCCAGGUGCUGCUGGAUGAGGAGAGAGAAGCCAUGGCGAAAUCCCGCCGGCUGGAGCGCAGCACCAGUAGCUUCAGUUACUCCUCUUACCAUACCCUGGAGGAGAUAUAUACCUGGAUUGACAACUUUGCAACUGAGCACUCAGAUAUUGCAUCAAAAAUUCGGAUUGGCUACAGCUUUGAAAAUCGGUCCAUUAUUGUCCUGAAGUUCAGCACAGGAGGUUCUCAGCGCCCAGCCAUCUGGAUCGACACUGGAAUCCACGCCCGGGAGUGGAUCACCCAUGCCACCGGCAUCUGGACUGCCAGGAAGAUUGUCAAUGAGUACGGCAAAGACCGCAUCGUGACAAAUGUACUGAAUGCCAUGGACAUCUUCAUGGAGAUUGUCUCCAACCCUGAUGGGUUUGCUUUUACCCACAGCAUGAACCGCUUAUGGCGGAAGAACAAGUCCAGCAGACCUGGAAUCUUCUGCAUUGGUGUGGAUCUUAACAGGAACUGGAAGUCAGGCUUUGGAGGAAAUGGUUCUAACAACAACCCUUGCUCAGAGACUUAUCAUGGGCCCUCUCCUCAGUCAGAGCCAGAAGUGGCUGCCAUUGUGGACUUCAUCACAGCCCACGGGAACAUCAAGGCUCUGAUCUCCAUCCACAGCUACUCUCAGAUGCUCAUGUACCCUUAUGGCCACACUCUGGAGCCUGUUUCAAACCAGGAGGAGUUGUACAGUCUUGCGAAGGAUGCAGUGCAGGCCCUGUAUGAGGUCCAUGGAAUGGAGUACAUUUUUGGCAGCAUCAGCACCACCCUCUAUGUGGCCAGUGGGAUCACUGUCGACUGGGCCUACGACAGUGGCAUCAAGUACUCCUUCAGCUUUGAGCUCCGGGACACCGGGCACUAUGGUUUCCUGCUGCCGGCCGCACAGAUCGUCCCCACAGCCCAGGAGACAUGGCUGGCCAUUCAGACCAUCAUGGAGCACACACUGAAUCACCCCUACUGACAACACUGCAGAGGGGCAGAGCAGGAAGAUUUGUCCUCUUCCCCAAGGCUUGGGGCUCCUCCUGAGACCCAAGCAAUGUAUCCCCUCCCCACCCCACCCCCAGCUUCUUAGGAAAUAAACACAAAUUUGAACAGGCUUGGCAGCCACCACCAUCCUUUUGGGCUCAGCACCGGGGAGAGGACAGGGGCCUUGGAAAUGCCUCUUCACUCCCCAGCUGUCCAGGAGGAUGUGGGGCUAGCAGGCCUUCCGUUUUCUCCUCUUGCAAUGUUCUUGGGGCCCAGAACAGACACUUGGAGGUACUAAUAUAGUACAAAUAUAGUACUAAUAUAUACAGUUUGUUCCCUUGGUGCUUAUAUUUUAAGAUGACCCUGGAAGGGUCAGUGUUUGAUCUGAAGGAGUGAAUCUCCAGUGAUUGGCUUUUCUGGCACCUUGAGCGAGAGGUGCGUACUGACAGGCAGCCGCCUCCUCUUCCUGCUUCAUUUCCUGUGCUGGAAAGGGAGUAGGUGCACAUUUCAGAGGCCCCCACUCAGAAGAUCCUUCUCACCCUGUUAAUAAAAGUGAACAAGUCA